UAUUGCCAUUACAGCUUUAAUUAUUCUAUAACUAUAAUUGUAGGGUCAGCUGGAGUUGGAUUUACCCCACAUGUCAUCACCGUGAAAGCUGGAGAGGAUGUAUCUUCGAAAAUAAUGUCAUUUUCGCAGAAUGGUCCGAGAGCUGUUUGUAUCCUUACGGCAAAUGGAGCAAUAUCCAAUGUGACUCUACGUCAACCAGCCAUGUCUGGUGGAACUGUGACUUACGAGGGGCGAUUCGAGAUCUUGUCACUAUCUGGGUCAUAUCUCCUGUCUGAAAAUGGCGGUCAGCGGAGCCGAACUGGGGGUCUAAGUGUUUCAUUGUCUGGACCAGACGGUAGAGUAUUAGGUGGUGGGGUGGCUGGUCUUCUAACGGCAGCGUCUCCUGUUCAGGUGGUGGUGGGGAGUUUCGUCGCAGAUGGGUGGCGCAAGGAAUUGCAACAAGCAAACCAAAUUGAACAGCCGCCUGCUUCUGGACCUCAUAAACUUGCUCCAAUCCGUGCUGGAAUGACGGGGGCCAGCAGCCCGCCAUCACGUGGGACUCUCAGUGAAUCCUCAGGAGGGCCUGGAAGUCCGUUUAAUCAGAGUGCUGGAGGCUGCAACAACAGUAACCCACAAGGCAUGACCGCCAUACCUUGGAAGUGAAACUGAAAUUGCUCCUUAACUCACUUGAUUUGCUAAUAUAGGCGGCCCCAGCUGGAAUCAUUUGUUUUAGAUGCACCUGUAAUUUAAGCUAAGCCUUAAGAGGAUAAAGACAACCCUGGUAGCGUCGAUUAGGAUUUAGAAGAGGUUGUGAAAUAGUUGUGUUGUUUUGUUUUAGCAUUAUAAUGAUAGUAGUAGCAUUACAAAUGAUGAGUUUAUUUCUAUUACAGCGGUAGUAUUAUAAUGCUAUAAAAUUAAGAGAUCAUUUCUCAA